CGGCCCUUGCCGCUCUGCUCACACUGUCCUGCGCUGCGGAGGCUGUUUAAACGCCACCGCUACCACUACCACUACUGAGCGGUUUAUCGCGGAGGUUGAAUGAAAUGCAACGACUUUUCCUCUGGAUGGAUACGCGCUGUGUUUUCGGGAGGUGGCGGCGGUGACUUUAGGAGCUGAACAUGUUCUGCAGUCCAGAGUAAAAGGAUGGGCUCUUGGCUCCAGAGUGGUGAAGCUCUGUAAAGCCAUUCCUGUGUUUUAGUGCAAGCAUCCCUGAGGAGUUUUGUGUGUCCUCGCAAUCUGGAGACACACACACACACACACACACACACACACACACACGCACGUCCAGCCUCUCCUUUUUACAAUAAAACCUGGCAGACCUCUUAUCUCUAAAAGAUUGAUGAGGCUCUGUCCAGGCGCGGGAGGCCUGGCACAGUGUCGAUAAGGCAGACUUUAUUUCACUACAUUUUAUCCCUCGCUCCUUUCUUUCUUCUCUUUUCUUCCAUGUUGAGGGACACAAGGGCUGGCUAUGAAGCGUGAAUGAGGAUUAUGACAUGGCAAAGCCCCUGGGCGAGAAGGACAGUGUUUUAAGAAGAAGGAACCAUGAAGUGCCCUGGACAUGACAGCUCUCUUGUCUUCUGUUGCUCGUGUCAGACAGCCGUGUGGUAGACGAGCAGAACGCCAGAGUUGGCAUGUCACUGUCAAACUGCUGGAGCUGGAAUAUAGUGAGACUACAGAAGGACACUCAGAGCUGAGAGGAGCUGAAAACACAUCUGACACCUGCACACACUCACAAACACACUCAGAGCAUUUCACACAUGACAAUGUGCAACAUCACCUUCUGUAAUGUGGACAGUAAGGUGGACCAGUUCUUCCAGCCCACGCUCUACAUCAUCGUCAUCGUUCUGGGGCUGCCCACCAACUGCAUGGCCUUGUGGGCAGCCUACAUGCAGGUACGGCAACGCAAUGAGCUCGGCAUCUACCUGAUGAACCUGUCAGUGGCUGACCUCCUCUACAUCACCACUCUGCCUCUGUGGAUCGACUACUUCCUGCAGCACGAUGACUGGAUCCACGGUCAGGAGAGCUGCAAGCUAUUUGGCUUCAUCUUCUACACCAACAUCUACGUCAGCAUCGCCUUCCUCUGCUGCAUAUCCCUGGACAGGUACCUGGCCGUGGCAUAUCCACUGCGCUUCGCCAAGGUUCGACGAAUCAAAACAGCUAUCCUGGUCAGCGCCAUGGUGUGGACAAUUGAGAUCAUAGCCAACUCUGCUCCUCUCUUCCACGAUGAGCUCUUCCAGGAUCGAUUCAACCACACUUUCUGCUUUGAGAAGUAUCCCAUGCAGGACUGGGUGGCAGGGAUGAACCUCUACAGGACAUUCCUGGGCUUCCUCGCUCCAUGGACAGCCAUGCUAGUUGCCUACCGUGGGAUUCUGGUAGCGGUGCGCUGCAACGUCUCAACAGAGCGCCAGGAAAAGGCCAAAAUUCAGCGUCUGGCGUUGAGUCUGAUCCUGAUCGUUUUGCUCUGCUUUGGACCGUACCACAUCCUCCUGCUGGUGCGGAGUGUCAUGUUCAUACAGAAGCCAUGUGACUGCAGCUCAGAGGAGAGCUUGUUUGCAGCGUACCACGUAUCGCUGGCGCUGACCAGCCUCAACUGCGUUGCCGACCCCAUUUUGUACUGUUUUGUCAACGAGGGGGCGAGGCACGACGUUGGCCGAGCUCUCUCAGCUUUACUUUCUGCAGCAUGCAAACGGCGCUCCUCUUCCUCACCAUCAAACGCCGACAUACUCAAUGCUGGUUCGGUGACUUUCGAAACGCCGCUGGCAGCAAAGAAGCAGCCUUGUGUGUACGCUGAUGGAGACAAGACCAACAGCUACAAGACAGAACUGGUGGCUCUGAAGGAGGAGUGUCUACAGAUGACCAUCCUCAGUGUUAGGAAGUGACUUCAACCUGGAGUAUACAGUACUGUAGGAGGUCCAAUCUGCUCAGCACAGUGGAUGGAGGAAGCUCCUAACACUGACAGGGUCUGAUGUCUUCUGGUUUGACGUCAGCAGGGCUGGAAUCAGACGCAAUUAGGAGGCUGCAGAAUGUUUAGGCGAAAGCUUCCACACAUUUAUUAGCCAGAAUGGGAAUGAGAUUCCUGAAAGACAUGUUGUCUCUAGCCAUGGUAGCAGCCCCUGAGAUUGAAAUUCUUACACACCAGAAAACAAAAUUGUUGGGUGAGUGAAGAUUUGCGAGACUAUUUUUGCUAUUGUUACAGAGCCUUACCAUUAGUGGGGCAAUGAGGGUGGCACUGCAGACAAGUCAUGUUGAAUAUGAAAAGGGUUUAUUCUUUGUUCGGUGACCACUGACAGCUUGUCAGGCUCAGUCCUUUGCUGCUGACUUGUUACAACGUUCAUUACUUCAAGCUGUUAGACCUCUGCACAGCUGCACUGCAUGCUAAUGUUAACAUGCUAUGUUAUCCAUCAGAAGUGUUCGAAGCUGUAUGAAAUGUCAGGGGAUCACCAAAGUCCUCAGGAUUCAGCUUCGGUGGACCACAAAUGUCUGUACCAAAUUUAAAUCCAAUCCAUCCAGUAGAUGUUGAGAUACGUUCAGUAUGGACCAAUAUGUUGAACCAACAGAUCAACAGACCAGCUGACAUCCCAAAAGUCAUCUCACUGGUGCGGCGUACAAAGAUCUUUUCAAUCACCCACUGUGCCAGGAGUCAUUGACAACGCCUUGGAAAACGUUCUUGAAUAUUUAAGUGUAAUCAUUUAAACACACUACAUUCUGCAUGGCUGAAUAUUGUUAAUGGUCUGAGAGGAGGCACCUUUGAAUUCAGACUGCAUGAAUGCACCACUUUGGAAUAUGGAAUAUGGAAAAAGAGCAGGAGGGUAAUAAAAAAAGAUUUUGAAGAAAAUAAUGAAGCCAUAUUAAGCACCUCAACUAGUAAACUGUGAUAGCAAGAAGGCUAAAAGUAGAAGUGUCAUGCAAGCAAUGUUUUUUUUUCCUCUUUCAUUUUUACCACGGACAGGACAAUAAUUACGAACUCCUAAACCAAAACCUGCAUUCAGCUCAUGUUAUUAUUAACUACAUUAUGUUCAGCCUGUUCUCAUGAAUUAUACAUUCGAAAAUCUACAAAAAAAUUAAGCACUGUAAUUUGUACAACUUCCAUGUUGUUUUUUUGCAGUGUGCACAACAUUGACUGGUGCUGUAAAAGAACGCGGCUGGCAGCGUAGGAAGGAGGUCGGGGUGUAUGGGUGGGCGUUACAGGACUUUCAAGCCAGGGAGCGGAGUUCGCUUUCCAGGGAAAACAAAUGAAAAUGGAAAUGGAAACAGGAAAUGCAUGUUCCUUGGGUGUGUUUUAAUUCAAACCACAAUCUUUUUCCAAAACUUAACUAGUCAAUUCUGUACCUAAACGUAACUGUAAUCGCCGCCAAAACGACCGGCAGCUCACGGUGCUCUGUACCCGGCUCACAGUCAUCUAUUCUCGGGUAACUGAACCACCAACUACUGCUUACCUGAUGGAGCUGGAUAGAGCUCUGAAGCGGCUAAACACAACUGCUGCUAAUGCGACAAGCUGUGACAGACGUCUGUAGCAGCGUCACGCUCCGUACAUCUAUACUGUAUUUUUGACAACCUUCACUGACAAUUUACAUUCCCACGCCCCUGAUCCUGAGCUUAAAAUAAACCUAAUUUUGACUUUAAAAGGUCCCAUGGCAUGAACAUUUUACUUGAAAUUAGUUUUUUUAACAUGAAUGUGAGUUUGCCCAGCCUGCCUAUGGUCCCCCAGUGGCUAGAAAUGGCAAUAGGUGUAAACCGAGCCCUGGCUACCCUGCUCUUCCUUAGAGAAAAUGAAAGCUCAGAUGGGCCGAUCUGGAAUCUUGCUUCUUAUGAUCUCAUAAGGGGCAAGAUUCCAGCUCAGUUACAUCAGUCACUUCCCCUUUCUCUGCUUUGCCAGACAUCAUGUCUUUCAAACAAGCAAAGUAGCCGUUGGUCAAGCCCCCCCCACCCCCCUUCUCUCUCCUCCUCAAAAGCUACAGAAUCAGAAGUGGCACGUCCUAACAAAAGUUCAUUGUGGGACUGGCUCUAGUGGGAAAAGAGCCUUUAGAUACAGUAUUAGGGGACCACUAAGGCCUAUAUAAAAGCAUCCAAAGAGCACCUUGUCAUGGGACCUUUAAGAGCAUCGUGGGACAGAAAAACAGCCUUUACUGAAAUUGUGUUGCAAGUCAACCAUCUCUCAACCUCCAUGAAUCCAAACUACAUGAUUAGGCUUUGGUAAAGGCAAUCCACAGUUGGUCUCAUGCUGUUUACAUUCCUAUUUCAGAGAGAUGCCUUCUAACGUGAACUGUUCCGAAAUUCCUAAAUGAUAUACAGUACACAGCACAUGUCUUUUUCAUUUGUGACUCAUUUUUCUCAUCACACAAAUUGCACAACAAUGUUUUUCAGAUCUUCAUUUUCCCUAAAAGAAAGAUUUAUACAUUCCUUCUGGAUUCAAGUGACACUCCAGGCUACUGUUUGUCAUAUUAGGAAAACAAACUAAGAGAGAUGUCAAAAGUCUGAUGAGAAAAUUAAGAAACACUUUACUGGAUAUUCAUUAAAAAAAAAAAAAACUCCAGUGGUCAGAAGAAUUGUGGCAGCAGCCAUGAAGGUAUGUGGCAGUAUUCAAAACAGCAGUGUACCACUCAUUCUUUUUUUAUGAUUUAUUUAAAAAUCAAUGUUUAAAAGGUACAAUAAGCAUGUCCCUCCUUAUGUGCGUGAAGCUGAUUGUUGUUAAUGUAAGUAAUACUGACAAUUUGUGGUCCGCCAGCACUGGAUUAGCUGCCAUGUUUUGCCAUUUAUUGACUACUUUCUGAAGUUUCUAUGUCCAGUGAGUGCUGUCAGGGCCAGAAAAAAAAAA